AUGGGAGUGGUUCCAAUGGCGACUUUGAGCAAUGGCCAGUCGAUACCCGUUAUCGGGAUGGGGACGAUGUCGAUGGUCGGACCAGAGGCGACGAAAGUUGCCGUGGUGGAGGCGAUCAGAGUCGGAUACCGACAUUUUGAUACGUCGUAUUCGUACGGAUCGGAGAAGGCUCUUGGGGAAGGGAUUAGUGAGGCUUUGGGAGUAGGGCUUAUAAAAUCAAGAGAUGAACUCUUUGUGACCUCUAAGUUGGCUUCUGGUUUUGCUGAUCCUUCACUUGUUCUUCAUGGGAUUAAGGCCACUCUCAGGAACUUGGGAAUGGAAUAUGUUGAUAUGUACUUGAUCCACAUUCCAUUGAAGUUGAAUCCUGAAGUAUGUAAAGUCCCAGUUGCAAAGGAUGACAUUUCUGCAAUUGAUCUCAAAGGAGUUUGGGACAAAAUGGAAGAAUGCCAAAACCUUUCUCUCACCAAAGCCAUUGGUGUCAGUAAUUUCUCUCCCAAAAGGCUUCAACAACUUCUUUCCUUUGCAAAAAUACCCCCAAUACUCAAUCAGGUUGAGAUGAGCCCACUUUGGCAUCAAAAUAAACUAAGAGAGUUUUGUAAAGCAAAAGGGAUUCAUGUAACGGCCUAUUCUCCUCUAGGUGCAGUUGGGACUCAUUGCCACGAUAAAGUUGUGAGCUCUGAUGUUAUUGCUCAAAUUGCCAAGGCCAAAGGCAAAACAACUGCUCAGAUUGCAUUGAGAUGGGUGUAUGAGCAAGGGGUGAGCAUAGUGGCAAAGAGCUUUGACAAAGAGAGAAUGAGAGAAAACAUUGACAUUUUUGAUUGGUCAUUGAGUGAAGAGGAAUCAGCUAAGAUUGGCCAACUUCCUCAGCACAAAGCUGGUUUUGCCAAUAUUUAUGGCCAACAUGAUGUGGUUCUUCACCUUGAUGCUGAGCUUUGA